AUGUGCACGCUAGCAACCCGACUGCGGACUGGCUCCUUUUCCAUCUUCAGGCGCCCAGACGAAGGCACUGCCCUUUUUGGGUGUUAUGAUCAUGUGCCCAUAGCUGCCCUACUGCCCCGAGUCAACCGCUUUGAAGAGCUCCUGUCUUGGGCUGAGGAGCGCGCCGCUGCCAACGGCAUCACUCUGCCCUACCAGCAGCCCGGGUUCAAGCCUGAAUCAGUGAUGCCGCCGGUUCGCACCCCGGCCGCCGCCGCUAGCUCGGCCGCCGCCGCUAGCUCCAGCUCAGAUGAUCCUCUAGAUCUCCCCCCUCUAACCGCUGAUGGGCCGGUGUCGAUGCAGCUUGCUGAGCCUGAAGGCGAGGAGCUUAGCUUUAUGGACUCGGUGUUCUGUGACCCCCCGCCUGAGGACGGUGACUGA